AUUAUUAUUAUUAUUAUUUGUUGUAAUUGUUAUUUAUUUACUUAUUUUUGCAAAUACUGUAAGAAUAUAUAAUUUAAAAUUUUAAAAAAUGUCUGAAGAAGAAUUAGUACGUGAGAUAAAUGAAUUGAAAUCUUUAUUGAAAAAAAAAGAAGAUGAAUUAUUUAAAUUGAGAUAUGAUAAAGAAAUAUUACAGAGUAAUGGGUUAAAUAAUAAUGAAAUAAUGAGAUAUAGUAGACAGAUUCUUGUUCCAAUAAUUGGAGUUCCAGGACAAUUAAAAAUAAAAAAGUCAUCAGUAUUAAUAAUUGGAGCUGGUGGUUUAGGAUGUCCCUGUGCUUUGUAUUUAACUGGAGCUGGAGUUGGUCAUAUCGGUAUAAUUGAUUAUGAUACUAUUGAAUUAAAUAAUCUUCAUCGUCAAUUACUAUUUACUUGCCAUGAUAUUGGGAGAGCUAAAGUUGAUGCUGCUGCUGACCAUUUAACAAAACUGAAUAAUAAUGUUAAAAUAACUCCGUACAAAAUUCAAGCUAAUAGUAAUAAUAUUAUCGACAUUAUCAAAGAUUACGAUGUGGUAAUCGAUGCUACUGAUAACGUACCAACAAGAUAUCUAGUUAAUGAUGCCUGUGUACUGACUAAUAAACCAUUGAUAUCUGGAUCUGCGCUUAAAUUAGAAGGACAAUUAACCGUUUAUAAUUAUAAAGGACCUUGUUAUAGAUGCAUUUUUCCAGAACCUCCACCACCAGAAACUGUAACCAAUUGUGGUGAUGGUGGAGUUCUUGGUGCUGCUGUUGGAACAAUUGGAGUACUUCAAGCUCUAGAAGCGUUGAAAAUAAUUUUAAAUCUACCUGGAGUUCUUUCUGGACGACUGAUGCUCUUUGAUGGACUUGAAAUGACAUUCCGCACAGUUAAAUUACGUUCAAAAUUAUCAACUUGUGCUAUCUGUGGUGACAAACCGUCAAUAGAUAAAUUAAUUGACUAUGAACAGUUUUGUAAUAGUCGCGCAAAUGAUAAAAAUCCAAAUUUAAAUUUAUUAAAUAACGAUGAACGAAUUACUGUUGAACAAUAUCGCGAUAUAAAAAAUCUCUCGCAACCGCAUUUAUUGAUUGACGUUCGUUCACAUGAAGAAUUUCAAAUUUGUCAUCUAGACAAUGCUACUAACAUACCAUUUACUGAUAUUAAAAGCAGAGGAGGUUUAGAAGUAGCUAAAAAUAUUGUUGAUAAAAAAUUAAAAGAAGACAAUAACGUUAAUGUAUAUAUUCUAUGUCGUCGUGGUAAUGAUUCACAGCGAGCAGUUAAAUUAUUAAAAGAAUCACUUGACGACAAAACAAAUAGAAUAAAAGAUAUUAUUGGAGGUAUUCAUUCAUGGACACAUAAAAUAGAUUCAACAUUCCCAAUAUAUUAAUUAUUUCUUCAACUAUUUUACAAUAAAUAUGUAUAUAUUUUAAUAAAUUACUAUACAUUUUUA